AUGUCAUGGACGACGUAUUACAUGGGCCUGGGCCCUUCCGACAAGCUGCAGUACACGUUGCACGUGACCCCCUUCAACGUGACCCAGCUCAUCGACACGGCGCCCCCGAGCCAGGCGUGCCCGCUGCUGGCCUGGGCCGCCUAUUGGACCCUCAGGACCCACGGGAUCCCAACAGACAGGCAGCUGCGGCUCGAGGCGGCGUGCGACGGCAUGCUGAGGGCGGAGUACGGGGAUGCGGGGGCGGCGCUGAUAAAGGACAGCGGGCUGAUGGACAACCCGAUGAGGCUGGUCAUAAACUCGAAAUGGGACGACCUGGUUGACGGCUGGUGGAACAAGCCGAAGGCGCCGAUGCUGGCGGUGCCGCUCAACAUGACCGCGGGCUACGCCGUCUGGCGGUCCAUGGAUGCUGCUCUCAAGUGGACGAACGAGUGGGCGCCGAAGCACAUCCCCGUUUUGAAAAAGGGCCGCCGCAGCAGCCAGCGCCGGCGGCGGCGCGGCCGGCGCCUUUUCGGGGGCUAA